CUCCCACUGACACCAAUGAUACUUACCUUGCUGACCCCUGCUCCAGCCUGGGCUCGCUCCCCCCUCUCCAAUCUACAGCCAGCAUACCUGGCCGCAGCAGCACCAUCUGCACUUACCGGUCAGCUGUCUUCCUUCUCCGGCCACUCUCCUCUUCACUCGCUCCGGCAGCUCCCUCACUCGAUCUUCUUUUAUCUUCGUUCUGCCACUUGGCUCCUCCUCUCCAAGCUCCACCUCGUCGCCGGUGAUUGGCGCCUGUGUGCCUCUCCUGUGCUACAGUUCUGGCGGCCAAUCACCGGCGAGGAGGCGGAGCUGUUGAGUGAUCCCAGGGGUGUGGUCAGAUGA